AUGGCCUGGCGGAGACCUAAUGAAGGCCUGAAAUAUAAGUGCACUGCAAAAGGAAGCCACGAAGGAACUGGGGGGAAAGUAGCGCAUUUCAUAGCAGCAAUUGCGUAUGGAAAGGGCUUUGUUCUUUGUGAGCAAUACAACGGGAAGUUGAAUGGACAAAGUUUUGCCGACUUUAUUCGUGAGAAUUUUCCACGUGUGUUUUCUUCGUGCUCACACUCUAAAGGCAAAUUGUUUCUGCAGGAUGGGGACCCAUCGCAGAAUAGCAAGAAGGCCAACGAUGCAAUGCAUGUUGUAGGAGCCCGAAAAUUUAGCAUUCCACCACGAAGUCCAGAUAUUAAUCCUAUUGAGAACAUUUUCAACCUGGUUAAGUCUAAGCUUAAUUCAGACGCCAUUGAAAAAAACAUACAGUAUGAGAACUUUAAGACAUUCUCAGAACGAGUAAACGAAACAAUGGAAAAAUUUCCCACAGAUGUCAUUGACUGA